GUGAUCAUGAUUAGGAUUAGAUUUCCCGGACAAUGCGAUAAACCGUCUUGUUGAUGAGGUUUGGUCCAUCAUUUUAGAUGUGUAUAUUUCUGGGGUGUGACAUUUAUUAUUCUCAAAUGCAUUUCCGAAAAUGACGGUCUGAUUCGUAAAACGAGAGGAAAGUCUUGAGAGAAUUGUGAAAAUUGCCACUUUUACCCGUCAAACAUGGCGGCGAGAAAUGUCAAACAGGCCGCGGGGUUAUACGACCCCGCGGAGAAACUGCAAUCAAACACAUUGAAGCGUCACCCUAAGAUGGACCUGAACAAAGCCGACCUGUUACGGUUGCUAAGUUACCUGGAAGGAGAGCUCCAAGCUAGGGAUGUUGUCAUAGCAACCUUGAAGGCGGAGAAGGCUAAACAGUUACUGUACCAAGCCAAAUAUGGACGUUUUGGAUUAGGCGACCCCUUCCAGGCUUUACAGAGGGAUUCUGACAAUAUGAAAGACAACACCUUUGAUGAGUCGGCCAUCAAGUCUAUGUACGACAACCAGUUGGCACAACUGGAGAAUCUCAUUGCCACACAGCGCAAGGCUCAGAUAAAGAUGAGGGAGCAAUUGGCCACUGCUGAGAAACGUUACCACAAGGUAUGCAGUGAAUUGGAAGAUGAGAAAAGGAAGCAUGCUCAGGACACGGCCCAGGGCGAUGAUGUGACGUACAUGCUGGAGAAGGAGAGAGAGCGCCUUCGCCAGGAGAUUGAUUAUGAGAAAGGUCAAAAUAAAAAGCUGGAGAAGGAUCUAAAAAAGACUCUGGCGAGUUUAGAGGAAGAACGUGCUAACUCUGUGAAACAUAAACAGGUGGCGGUAAUGUUAAUUAAAGAACAAAAGAAAUUAAUCGAAAGACUUGUCAUCGACAGACAGAAGUGUAAUCAGUAUGACCAGUUGUUGAAAGAUGAAAAAAAUAAAACUAUAACAAUGGCCGAGGGCCUUGUGCAAGAAAGUAAGAAAUCACUAAAGAUGGAGGCUUCGAUGGAGAAGCAAUUGAGUGACUUCGAUCUAGAACGAGAACAAUUGAAAAAUCGUCUCGGUAAAAGUGAUAUCAAAAACAAAGAACUUCAAUCCCAAGUGGAUAUACUACAAAUGCAGGUGGACGCGCUUCAGAAACAGUUGAUGUCGGCAGCCACUGCUGCCAAAGAUUCUCUACAAAAUAUAGAGGUAAAGGCCAUGCCUUCUCCCGCUCGAGCUGGCACGGAGAGGCUAGCAGGAGCCACGGUUACCGUAGUUAGUCCCAUGUUAGGUAAACCUGUGCCAAAAUCUUCAAAACCACUUGUUGUGGAUGGAGGAGUUCGAAUCUCAGAAGAUAGACCAUAUUCUCCAGCAGGAAUUGGAGAAAAUGCUGUUCUAAAGACUGUGCGUUAUGGAGUUAACUCUCCUGCCCGGUCCCCAGAAAGGGGUUCUUUAGGUGGAGGAGAAUCAUCCGAAAUGAGAGUAGGCCCUGUCGGGGCUGUAUCGAUUGACAAGUCGGAGAACUAUCGAGGUGUAGGUACGAGAAUCGGUAUCGCCCCAGGGACCUCUGCUGUAAUAUCAUCUGGAGGCAAAAUGUUGACUGUAAAUGUAGCCUCCCAAAAUGCUAAUUAUCCAAAUAUCGGUGCUGCCAACACCUCUCCACGUAAAAUGGUCCCACUGGGCAGGGGUACACCGCCCCCUCUGCCCCCUAACAAGCCUGUGUUGAACUCCCCAGUACCGGGGAAGCCGGCCCCUCCCCCAAAAGUCGGGGUCUCUGUGUGCAAAGACACUCCCAUUGACUCGAGUAAUCGUACAACCCCUAAGGCUGUGCACAUACCUGUGAGUGUGGUACACGGUAGUGGAGGGGCAGGGCGGCAGUCUGCUGGUACAGAUUCCUCCUCCCCGAUGAGGAAGCCCGCGCAGUUGACUCCCGAAGCUUUGGAUGUUGUAACUACCCAUGAUGUCACGCCUCCUCUAACCUCGUCAUCCUCUGGUCAUGCACCAGUGAACUCUCAGUUGCCAGCUACUGCACUUGAAUUCCUUGGGCCAGAAAUGGCAGACCUUCAGCAGCUUUUAUCCUCCAUCAUGACAGAUUCGGAUCAUCCACAUCAUUUAGCCCCCUCACCCUCACCUGCUUUGCCUAAUUGUCCCUCAAACCCCGCUGACAUUGUGUUCUCACCAAUCCACAAGCGCGCCCAUGAAGGUGACCAGGACGCCCUGCGCCAGCUUAUCCUUGAUAGGGAGGCUGAUGUAAACCUCCCUCUCAAGGACGGAACCACGCCCCUUCUGUGUUCUGCUGAGUCUGGACAUCAGGAAUGUGUAUCUCUGCUGCUGGACCAGGGAGCCAACCCGAAUACCUCCCGCGACAACAAGUACAGCCCUCUCCAUGCCGCUGCAGCUCAGGGACACAGAAUGUGUGUCCAGGUGCUGCUGGAGCGUGGAGCUAUUCCUAACCUUACUGAUCAUCAGGGGUGGACUCCCCUCCACCUGGCCGCAACCCAAGGUCAUACAGACUGCUGUAAGAUACUACUGGACUAUGGGGCUCAGCUAACUGUCUACUCUAAUACCAGCUGGACACCUCUUCACUGUGUUGUACACCCUGGACAUGUUGACUGUCUCCAUGCCCUCCUGACCUACGACCCACGGAGCCCCCACCGUGACCCCCCAGGCUCCCCUUCCACAGUCUCACAAAGUGAUGGCACUGUACAGAGGGCUAUCAAUAUGGCUGACAAGGAUGGCUGGACCGUUGUAUUUGUCGCUGCUAUCAGACCAUUGCCUGACUGCCUCGCUGUUAUAAUGAACAUGUGUGACGUGAACGUUCAGCGUAAGGACCGAUGGGGUCGCACCAUCAUGGACGUUGCCUCUGUGGCUUGCAAGGAAUUCAUACAGCAGAGAACAGGUGGCAAGGACCUGCUUCUGACUGUGACUUUAGAGAUCCAGUACCCUAACCUGUCCGAGGAUUUCACAACCUUACACCUACCCAGCCAGAAGUUUGUCAUCGGCAGCUUGUCAUUGGAAGCUGGUCUUAGCUGGGCCGGACUUGAGACACGUCUUCAACAUACCCUCACCAACUACUUUUCACAAAUCGACACGGGCCUACGCACCAAACGCACCAGUCGACUCGACCCUGAGAUUGCUAUGGAUAACGUCCAGUACAGUCUUGGUCUAGACUUGGAGUGUAUAAACAUGUUCUCCAUAGGUGGUCACAAAUGGGAACUUGGCUCCCAUAGCAACACACUACCACACAGUAUUGUACGAGAGAGCAAUCAAAGGGAGAUAACCAUCAUUCUUGCAAAUUCUGUGGAAUGCGUGGCCUGGGAUGUGUUGUUUCCAGUUUCUGUCAUACACAACUAUAUACGACUGCUGGAGCACUACAAGAGCGUUGUGUUUUACGGCCCAGAGAAGACAGGCAAGACAUACCUGGCUCACCGACUAGCCCAUCUCAUAGCUAGAAAAGAAAAGGAAAGUGGAAAGGUUCCUCAGAUACACAGCAUUGUGCUCCAUGAGAGUUUCUGUCACCGUGAUCUUGUUAACUUACUACAAAGUACAGGAUGUAUGGUGCGGGAGGGUAUGGAGGCAGACGACCGUGCCCCAAUCCUCAUCCUAGAUGACCUUGAGAAAGUGGAUGUGGCUGUCCUCUUUGGGAAAUUACUGGGAGCAAUUGAACACAGGGGACAAUUCCAUACAUUUACUGUUGAGGGAGACGAUCAGGCUCGAUUCUAUUUCCUGGAUAGUUUCUACAUCAUUGCCAGUAUGAACAAGUCGAGAUCCACAGGAUUAGAUUUGAACAUACAACAAAGAUUUCGCUGGGUACAUUUUCGGAUAGAUAUUGAGCCAAUUCGUAACUUGUUAGCCAGACAUCUUCUCCGUAACUUGAUCCACAUCGGUGACGGUCAGUUACCUGUUAUGGACAAUAUGAUGUUUCGCGCAGUGGAGUGGAUUGUUUGUGUAUGGCAGAGACUUAACGAUGGUGUGGCAAAGCUCGGCUUACCCGACGUUAUGUUUGGUCCAUACCAGUUCAUCAUGUGCCCACUUCACUCCCAGGAUCCAAACACUAUCUACAACUGGCUGUCAGGUCUGUGGAACAACCUCAUAGCACCUACGGUCAAGGUCGCUGUGGUCAAGGGCACUGGCAAGGACACAUCAUCCGACGGUCAACAGAAGGUGGCUAACACAGCCCUGUAUGUCCUCAUGCAGAAAGCCGUGGUACCUGGCUGUCCACUCUCUGGUCCAGGUAAGGAACAGUACCUGUCUAUGUUUGCGGGCAGUAAUGAACUCGACAUUCCUAUGAAGCAGGAGAAGAUGAAGGCGAGUAACUCCCCUCACCACCGAAGGUCCCUCGACUCCUCCAAAGGCAUGUUCAACAGAAUAAAACAUAGGAAUUCUUAUGACACUGCCAGUCGGGACCAGUCACAAGUACAGCCUCAUCCAAAACGUCGUAGUCUGUCGGAACUGUCUAAUAGGUCACAGGAGGAUUACGACACAACAGAUGCAAGAGCGGAGGAGGGAAGUAACAGUUCCCUGGCUAAAGUUCCCAAGCUGGAGAUCCGUUCCCCAGUCCUUUCCAUACCCUUCCCUGCUCCAGGUUCAGCACCAGUUCAAACCUCUGACCGUUCACAAACAGCACCUGUCUUCACUUCAAAUAAUUCCGGAUUGACCUCUGAGCGUGGUGUGCGAUCAUUUUCCAUGUCCUCACAAUCUUCCUCUCUGUCGAGUGGGAAGAAAUUCACGUCUCAUUUACCAAUUGCAACGCGAAAGUCUCGGUCUUCGGAGAAUCUGUCAUCAACAUAUGGCUCUGGGUCAAGUCACAGUCGAAUGACUCCUCAUCUCCGGUCACCAAGUCCAUUCUCAUUUUCGUUAACAACCCCUACCUCUGCUUUAAAUUCUUUCAAAUUCCUUGAGGUGAAAUCAAGAGCAGAAGUGACCCAGACCAAGCGUGGGUCACGUAGAAGUUUGGACUCUUCUUUAGCUCAACCUCGAAAGAUUCCAGAGCCUUCCAAAACCCAUCUUGCCUCAGGCUUUCAUCAUCAAGAAAGUCAUUGCUGAUCAGCUGUAUUAACUUCUCAUAACAAACACUCAUAUGAUUUGGAUUUCCACAGUCCAGUUUUUAUUUUCGAUUCAAAAUAGGGCUUAUUUCAGGGAAAAUGACUUAUACAUUAUAAUAUAUUCUGAGUUAAAGUUUGAACUGUAUCGCUACUGUUAAACACUUACCUGGGGUAUAUUUUGUGAAGAAUUAAAUAUUGUGGCAAAAAAAUGUAAUAAAAAUAUAGAGCUUGCAAAUUCUCUAAUAGAGAUUUAGUCUGAACAGUUGACCAUCAACAGAGUUGCUCAAACUUAAAAUUCGUUCCAAGAAGAAAACUUUCAAAAUGUUUGUCCUCUCCCAACCUCAGUGUAAAAAAAUUGUUCUAUAGUAUUAUUCUGCUCUUUAUAAAAUAUGACAGUCUGUUUUUAGGUCACCUGAGACAAAGUCUCAAGUGACCUAUUGCGAUCGC